AUGGAUUUCCGAAACUGUCUAUCAAGUGAAGACUAUAUAUUUGAAAUAAAAAACAAUGAACAACUUUUUUACAGUAGUAGGAUGUCUGCCAAUAUAAAACCAAUCUGGAGUUUUAAAGGACAUAACAAUUCGAUUGAAGGAAUACAUCUAGUUGAUGAAAAUGAAUUUGUAACAAUUUCACACGAUUGUUUUGUUUCUGUGUGGGCAUUAGAUAAUAAUAAAAAAAACAUAAAAAAUUUUAAGCUGGAGAAUCCAAUAUUAUGUUCUAGUUAUUAUAAUAAAAGUAAAUAUUUAUGUGUUGGCAUGACAAAUAAAAAUGACAACUUAUGUAUAAUUGAUAUAGGGAAUAAAAAGGUUAAUGAUAAAGUAGAUAGUCAAUGUAAUUCUAUUUUUUGUGUAAAUUAUUUUGAUGAAGAUAGAAUAACGUAUGGUAGUAAAGAAGGUUGCAUAUGUUUAACUGAUUUGAAUAGGAAAAAAAAUAUAUAUAGAUAUGAAGAACAUGGAGAUUGUUUAAAUUCCUGUGCAUGGAAUAGUGAUUAUAAGAUACAUAUUUUUAGCACGUAUAAAGGGAAUGUACUUUUUUUUGAUUUUAGACAAAAUUUACCUAUAUAUCAAAAUGAAUAUUUACACUCAAAAUAUUCUGUAAAUGUUGUAUACUCAGAUAGUAAUUAUUUGUAUUCAGGUGCAUCUGAUUGCUUAAUAAAAAAAUUCGAUUUGAGAUAUAUUGAUUUGAUGAAGCCUUUGGAAAUAUACGUUGGACACACCUCUCCGAUUAGAUUUUUAUCUUUUUCUAGAAAGUAUGAUAACCUCUUUUGUUCUUCAUCAGAUAAUGGUAGUAUAAAACUUUGGAAGACAGAAAAAAAUGUAGCCUCUGUGAAUAGAUUAGGUAAAUCUUUUGCUUAUCCUUCAACUUGUGUUUCUACAAUUAAUACAGGGUGUACUUUUCUUCCCCCUCUCCAAGGGGAUUUAACAAACAAAACAGUCACUGGACGACAACAAAACAAAAAAAUUAUCAAAAAUUUUUUACAAUUAAACAAAAUAACGGUGCGAAGAAAUAAUCGAUCCGGUUCCAACAUGUCUGAACGUAAUCGUGGAAAACCAUCUGACCCGUUGAGAAAUGAAAAUAACAAUAAAAAUAAAGAGAAAAUGGGAAAACAAGAACGAAUUAGUGCACUUGAUACAUAUAGAAAAAGAACAGUAACUCCAAAUUUACAAACUAGCCUUGAUAAAAGAGUUCCAGUUGUUUCUAGGGACGAAUUAUUCAACAUGAUAAAAAGGAAGGGUGCAAAUAAAAAUAAGGAAAUUUUACAUAACCUCACAAGUAAGGUAUAUUCAAAAAAAAAUACAUCCGCUGAAUUUCUUCAGGUUCAAACGAAAGGUACGAGAACAAGUAGCAAGUUUAAACUAUCACUAACAUCACAUCAGGGUCCAACAACAUCUAUAAAUAAUUUGAGCAGCAGUAGGAACCUGAAAGUUCAAGGUAAAAUUAGUGAAAACAUGUUAAAUGAUUCUAUAGAUAGAGAAAGCAGCAAUAUUCCCUUGAAUCCAGAACAAUUGGUUGUACCCUUAUUUUAUAAUGCAAAUGACUUAGUUAAAAGUCAUAUAAAAAAAAUUAAAAUAGCACAUCCCACUGUGACAAUGUUAAAUCAUAGAAGUAGGGUUUCUUCCAUGGUUUGGAUGGAUGAUUUUGUUUUAUCUACAUCAUGGGAUCAAACCGUGAAAUGUUGGAACAUUCGAAAUUAUCUGAAUGAGUAA